AUGGAGGGGAACUUGACAUACCUGCCAGGCAGAGGCGGCUCCGAGGACAUGUUGGUGGAUUACACGUCACCAACAUCUAACUCCUCUGCAGCCUAUGAAUACGCCGCCUUCUACCCAGAACUGGACAUCAGCUGUGAUCUUGAAAAUAUUCCAGCAUUUGCAUCUACCUUUUUUCCAGUGCUGUACUCCCUGCUGUUCGUGAUCGGCCUCGUGGGAAAUGCUUUGGUUGUUUGGGUCCUAACAGUCUUCAAGAAAGUCAGGGCCAUGACUGACGUGUAUCUGCUGAACCUCGCCAUCUCUGACCUCCUCUUUGUUUUCUCCCUCCCCUUCUUGGUUCAGUACUCCAUCGUGAGCCAGUGGACUUUUGGAAAUGCAAUGUGUAAAAUCAUCAGCUCAGCUUACUUCAUUGGUUUCUACAGCAGCGCCUUCUUCAUAACCGUCAUGAGCAUCGACAGGUACUUUGCCAUUGUCCAGUCUGUCUACGCUCUACAGGUUCGGACAACUGCCUAUGGGGUUAUCACCAGCCUGGUCCUUUGGGCAGUCGCCAUUUUAGCAUCAGCGCCAGACUUAAUUUUUUUCCAGGAAACGAAUGACAAUAACCGGACUAAGUGCAUCCCUCACUAUCCUGACAGCAACAAUGGCUGGAAGACUUUCAGUAAUUUUGAAGUCAACAUCCUGGGGUGGCUGAUCCCUGUUGGUGUCCUCGUUUUCUGCUACUGCAGCAUCUUGAAAAACCUGCAGAAGUGCCAUACUCAGGACAAGUACAAAGCAAUGAAACUGGUUUUUAUUGUCGUCAUUGUGUUCUUCCUCUUCUGGACUCCCAUCAACAUCGUGCUUUUUCUGGACUCUCUGAGGAACAUGUACAUCAUCGAUGACUGCCAGACAAGCCAAAGGCUAGACCUAGCCACGGAGCUGGCUGAGGCGCUCUCCUUCGUCCACUGCUGCCUCAACCCGGUAAUCUAUGCAUUCGUGGGUGAGAAGUUCAAGAAGCAUCUCCGCGAAGCUUUCAGAAAAUAUGCACGUUUUCUGUUGGUCUGCAAAGACUAUAGUGCUUUUGAUAGGCGCAGCCUGGACAAGCACUCCUCUCUGCACGUGACGUCCUCACAGUCGUCUUUUGUUGGCACUGUCUUGUAG